CUUCUUUUUUGUUGUUGGCUUGUCUUGUUUGCUCUUUGUGGUUAUCUUUUUUGCGAUUGUCAAAUUGUAUGAGACUUUUCAGUUAGCAUCUAGGAGAAUUUUGACCUGCUAGUUAAUUAAGAAGUGACUCUUUCUAGAAUUAAUAAAAAAAUAGUUAAAUAAUUCGUGCCUUUGAUAGAGCGAUCUGGAGUUGGAAAGUUGGGAAUCUAUAAAUGAAGUUAAAACCACUUGAUUAUUAUUAUUAUUAUUAUUUUUUACUUAUUUUUGGUAACAACAAACCGCUUGAAUUGAAUAGUGUGAUGGUAUUUUCAAAGUUAAUCACUUGUAGAUCGGUGUUUAUAAUCUUCAUGUAGUAUCAUUUUUGGGAACCUGUAUGUCUGAACUCAAAUCAUUUUGAAUAUCGGAUUAAGAGAAUGGUGUACAAGUUUGGAAUUAUAUGCCUUUGACUUAUGAAUUAUGAGAAACAAGGAAUUUAGCAGUUCGAGGGUGUGGUACUUCUAUGUUAAUUUUAUGUCAACAUACUUGAGCAGAAUUUUGAGCAAGACUGUUGCAAGUGCUAAGAUUUUGGAAGAUGUCUUCCAUUCCGAAAGAAGGGUCUCACAAAGGAAGUUUAAAGAGUUCAGAGGCACCAGCUAGUGUGGCAGAAAAGGAGGAAUUUCAUUUCUCAAAAGCAAUAGAUAGGCCCAGGGCGGCUUUGAAUAUAGACAGACAGAGAUCAUGUGAUGAAAGAUCACUGAGUGAACUAUCCGUAGGCUUUUCUCCACGUCAUUUGAUCUCAAAAAUUGAUAUCACAUCUCGCCUGGCAGAACAUGUUGAUCAUAUACAUUCCCCUCUGUCAAAGUCUGGCAUCAAUACUCCAAGAUCAGUGCCAUGGGAUUCACAUUCAUUAACAUCAGAAGCUUGGGAAGCUCUGAGGCGUUCCUUGGUAUAUUUUCGUGGUCAGCCAGUUGGUACAAUUGCUGCUUUGGAUAAUUCUGAUGAGCAACUUAAUUAUGAUCAGGUGUUUGUAAGAGACUUUGUCCCUAGUGCUUUGGCUUUUCUGAUGCAUGGUGAACCGGACAUUGUUAAAAAUUUUAUUUUAAAGACCCUUCGCCUUCAAUCGUGGGAGAAAAAGAUUGACAGAUUCCAUUUAGCAGAAGGGGUGAUGCCUGCUAGUUUUAAAGUAUUCCAUGAUCCCGUCAGAAACCACGAAACCCUUAUAGCAGAUUUUGGUGAAAGUGCGAUAGGAAGGGUCGCUCCUGUUGAUUCUGGAUUUUGGUGGAUCAUACUACUUCGGGCAUACACAAAGUCUACGGGAGACUCUUCACUGGCCGAACAACCUGAAUGUCAAAAGGGUAUGCGCUUGAUCCUGAGUCUAUGUCUGUCAGAGGGGUUUGACACGUUUCCAACUUUACUAUGUGCUGAUGGAUGCUGCAUGAUUGAUCGCAGAAUGGGUGUUUAUGGGUAUCCAAUAGAAAUUCAAGCAUUGUUCUUCAUGGCUCUAAGAUGUGCCUUGCAAUUGCUUAAGCCAGAUGCCGAAGGGAAAGAGUUCAUGGAGCGAAUUGUAAAAAGGCUGCACGCCUUAAGCUAUCACAUGAGGAGCCACUUCUGGUUGGAUUUGAAGCAACUCAAUGAUGUAUACCGCUACAAAACAGAAGAGUACUCACAUACUGCAGUGAACAAGUUCAAUGUUAUUCCAGAAUCUUUGCCAGAUUGGGUGUUCGAUUUCAUGCCGCACCUUGGUGGAUACUUUGUUGGGAAUGUGAGCCCAGCUAGGAUGGAUUUCCGGUGGUUUUGCCUGGGCAACUGCGUUGCAAUUUUGUCGUGCAUGGCAACUCCGGAGCAGUCAACUGCAAUCAUGGAUCUCAUAGAAUCACGGUGGGAGGAAUUGAUCGGGGAGAUGCCUGUGAAAGUGUGUUAUCCAGCUCUAGACAACCAUGAAUGGAUGAUCAUAACAGGGUGUGACCCAAAAAAUACUAGAUGGAGUUACCAUAACGGGGGGUCAUGGCCAGUUCUGUUGUGGCUUCUGUCUGCUGCGUCGAUAAAGACAGGGAGACCCCAGAUUGCAAGACGUGCCCUUCAAAUAGCUGAGAAUAAAUUGCUGAAGGACAACUGGCCGGAAUAUUACGAUGGAAAGUGGGGGAGAUACGUUGGGAAGCAGGCCCGUAAGUUCCAGACCUGGUCCAUUGCUGGCUACUUGGCCGCUAGGAUGAUGCUCGAUGACCCUUCCCAUCUAGGCCUUGUGGCUCUCGAAGAAGACAAACUACUCAAGCCUUUACUCAAGAGAUCAAACUCAUGGACUUUGUGAGACUCACUUGUCUUCAUAUCCUUUUUUAACCACUCACCCAAAACACAACACCACAUUGAUGCUUUCUAUGUAACAUUUUUUGUGUUUUCCUGUUCCUUCUCUCGAAACCUUAACGCCAAUUUCUUACAGUUAUACCUGACUACAAUCUCCUACUCAAAUAUUGCUGAUCCAGAGUGUAGGGAAUUUAUUUUCUCAAAUAAGAUUAGAAUUUUAUCCUUUACUA